AUGAUUAUACACCCCACUCAGAACUUUACUUACCCCUCUCCACUGCAACAUAAAGAAGACUCGAGUUUUGCUCCUCCAGUGGAUAACCCACAGUCGCAAUCGAUGGAGCCCUCUAAGUUACCCCUCGCAGCCAAGAAAGUCCAGGAAGAGAUCGAAGCAUUAAUACCACAAAUUACGACUGUUAUCGAGGAUGAGAAUGGGAACAAAGAGUAUGGCGGGGAUGCGCUGCCAGCGUUGAUCACUUCUUUGAAAAUUGCGCUAGGAAUUGAUGAAACUUGGGAGGGACGAUUGAGAUAUUGGUCGAAAACUACGAAAAUCAUCAAUCCUCGGAAACAAGGCUAUCUUAUACCAUUAAUGGGCGGAAUUCAGCUGAACCCUGGGGGUUUGUUGAAGAGCGGAUCAUUUAUCCAAGUUAAUAAUGAGCCGAUUCUGGGUGCUGGCGCAACUUCUUUGUUUAUUGUGCCUCGCUGA